AUGCCCAUCACCAGUAAUGAGAGCGGUUCAUCCGGGCUAGCCGAAAUUCAGAUCCGCUAUGAGCAGGAGAGAAAGAAACGUCUUCGAGACGACGGAAAUGCACAGUAUAUUGAAGUCGCGAAAUCACCACAGCAUGAGCACUUCGUCGAGGAUCCCUGGGUUGAGCCAUUAGCAGUCAAAUCUAUUUAUGACAAAUUCCCCAACCAGAAGACUGAGAUGCUCAUCAUUGGAGCUGGGUGGGGUGGAAUACAAAAUGCUGUUCGCAUGGUCGAGGCCGGUAUAUCCCCAGACAAUAUUCGCAUCAUCGACCCUGCCGCACAAGAGAUCGUUUGGGAUGAUAAGGCGAAAGAGUGGUCGGCCAGUCUAACCCAGCGCCGUGGUGGACAGUCUGAGACUCUCAAGAUUCGUUCCAAGUUUGUCACCAUUGCUGCUGGUGUCCUCAACUGGCCUAAGCUUCCGAGUAUCCCAGGUAUUCUAGAUUAUCAGGGUGAUAUGUUUCACUCUGCUCGUUGGGCAUAUAACAUCACGGGUGGAUCUCCUAAGGAUCCAUCGCUUACAAAAUUGAAGGAUAAGCAGGUAUUAGUUGUUGGAACAGGAGCAACAGCAGUACAAAUCAUUCCACACCUCGCUAAGUGGUGCAAGCAUCUCUACGUGGUCCAACGUUCACCAGCCUCAGUCGGUGUGCGUGAUCAGCGAGAGACUGGUAAGGAGUGGUUCUAUGAGGAAGUUGCAAACUCAAAGGGAUGGCAACGAGAGCGUAUAAGGAACUUCCAUCAACACUUUACUCUUGAGGAGCCACCAUCGGUCAACCUUGUUGAUGAUGGAUGGACUCGCGCUCCUGGCUUGGUUGGUUUGACUGGUAAUGCAGCAGGACCCAAAUCGCCUGAAGAAAUACCAGCAUACGCAGCAAGGUUAGUCGAGAUUGAUAUUUCACGUCAACAAGGUAUCCAUGCUCGCGUGGAUCAAGAGGUGCAAGAUCCUAUUACAGCUGAGAAGUUGAAACCUUGGUAUCCUGUGUGGUGCAAGCGGCCCUUAUUCCACGACGACUACCUCAAGACCUUUAAUAGAGAUAAUGUGACCCUUGUCGAUACUGAGGGCAAGGGUAUUGACCGUAUGACCGCAGACUCUGUGGUUAUUGGUGAUGAAGCCUAUGAAGCGGAUAUCAUCAUCUUUGCAACAGGUUUCCUUGCACCCCCUUCAGGUACACCAGCCAAGAAAGCAGAUAUGUCAGUGAUCGGCUUAAAUGGAGUCUCUAUGAGCACGGAAUGGCAUCAAUUUGGCCCUCCAACUUUGCACGGAGUCAUUGACUCGAAGUUCCCAAAUAUGUUUCUCUCUGGACCCCAGCAAGCAGCUGCAAGUGGAAACUACCGCUUCAAUCUUGACGAGUAUGCGAAGCACAUCUCGUACAUUUUGACUGAAGCAAAGCGAAAAGCUGCAAGUUCUCGGUCUGAAGAUGCCUCAUUUGCUCUUGCACCUUCUACAGAGGCAGCUGAAGAUUGGGCCAUGCAAGUACUGAUGCAUGCUGCGCCUAUGGGCGUUGCGAUGGGAUGCACACCUGGAUACUUCAAUUUGGAGGGUGACCUCGAUCGUGUGCCACCUGAAUACCGUAUGAUUUUGGCACGUUCAGGUCUUUGGGGUUCUGGAAUUGAGCAUUGGCUUGGGAUUAUUGAAAAUUGGCGAGCUAGCGGUGACAUGGAGGGUAUUGUGGUGCGUUAG